UGGGUUUUCUCCGUGAUCAGGUUCAUGUACUCUAGGCAUGGACUCGCCGGUCAAUAUGUUCAACUUAAUACGGACUCUGGAGGAUGCGGAAUAUUAAUCGUGGCAGAGUUGCACUUCGAAGUUUGGGCCUUUGAAGUUUGGGCCUUUCGCUCGAGGAAUCGAGGAUGGGAAAGGGGGCACUGGGGCGGCUGUAUACUCUAUGUUGUAUGGGAGUCUUCAGAGUAUGUAUGGGCUGGUUGUGCGAGGUUACAAUUGCCCCCCCCGCCAAGACGGGGCUUGCCGGUGGAUCAGGGCAGGGCAUGAACGGGGGGGUGAGCGGGGGGAUGGCUAGAUGGUUGUUUGUUUGUUCAAUGUUGGUUGCGGCUAGUUUUAUCGGCAGAUAUUUCCUCUUCUCCGUCGGGGGAUGGGGGCGUCGCGGGAGAUCGAUUGAAUGGAAGUUAGGAGGGAGGGAGAAUCGCGAUUGAGCUUUACCCUUGCGUUGCGUUGCAAACUUGCUUGGCUUGGAACUUUGGAG